AUGCUCCGCCAGCUCGACAAGCAAACAGCCUUCAUGGCCACUUUCAGCGCGGAGGCCUACCAGGCCGCAAUGCAGACGGCUGGGGUGUACGAGGCCGCCGGCAACAUCUUCUGGCUGAACCUCCGCGGGUCCGCGACGCCUGGCGUCCCGAUUAAUGCAACCGCCGUCAAAAACCUCCAGCGCUCCCACUUCAAGGGUCCGGCGCACUUCGACGGCUCGGUGGCUGUGGCAGUGCCGAAGAAUUUGGCCCUUUCCUUUGGCAACCUACGGAGGGUGUCGCCUGAGGAGCCAGAGCACGCGAUGCUCUUCGCCGUCCGGGACGCCAUCCGGGCAGGGGAGGCUGAGAAGACACUCAGGAGCUGGAGGUCAAAGCUGCUGAGUGUCACGAUCCGCUUUGAGAUCAUCGAGACAGAGCAAGACAUGUUCUUUCGAGCAGUCAACCUCCGCAACAAGGUCAUCGAGGAGUACGAAGCCUUGGUGCGAACGGCAGUGGGCCGUGUGUUCGAGCUGGUCGCCUUUCGCUCUUCCAUGCAGGCCUCGGGCGUGUCUGGCGCAGAGGAGCUGUUCAAGGCGUGGGAGGCCAAUGUGAGGCAGACGCGCUCGCACUUGGCGGAGACAGUGACGCUCAACUUUGUCGAGACAGCCUUCAAGGUCUACGACAACUUGCUGGGCGACAAGAAGUUGCGGGCCUCAGUGAUGCGCAUUGAGGAGCGCUAUGGCAAGAUGUCACCGUGGGUGUGGAUGACCAACUUGGAUGCGGUGGUGCUCAAGAGCAAGACUCCGCAGCUCAUUGAGUGGGUACUUCUCAUGGUGGAACACCUUCUCUUGACGGAGCAGAUGAGCUGCAAAGAUUUCACGAAGCGCACCCUGAUACCACAGAAGCAAAAAGGCUUGCUUGAUCUGUGGGUCUUCAAGAACGACCUCAUGCGCUACAUGGUGAACAACCUCCUGCCCAAGAUUGAGCUUACCGCUGCGCAGCGGGAGGUGCUGGCGUCGCUGACCGUGGCAGAGGAGUUGCGCAGCAAGAACAAAAACAAGCAGUGGCAAGGAACUCUCCCCGAAAGCGCCAGGCUUUGGGUCACGUUCCUGACCAACGUGGUCUUCGGCGUGGGCUCUGAUGGAUGUUUGAAAACCACCUUGAAGGCGACGAGUGACAUCAAUGAGUUCAUUGCCAACAAUACUGCUGUGGCUGAGGCUUUUUCUGAAGUCGAAGAAAAGGCCAGAGCUGAGCAAGGUCGGCCGGAACAAGCCUCGGGCGGCAGCAGCGCAGAAGUUCAAACGCAAGCCUUGUGCGGCGUCGGCGGCAUGGAGGUUUCGCUGACUGAGCUGAUCACACCCGAGCAGGCGAAUCAGGAUGACGGGCAGCUGGAGGCCUGGUUCGAGUUUAUGAACACCAAGAUCGAUCAGUUUUGCAAGUUCAUCGUCGACCGAGGAGCAGCCAGCAUGACCAAUAGCGCCCUUGCCGCAGAGCUGAAGGAGAACAGCGUGCUGGCUGAAAUAAAUGGGCCAGCGCUGCUGCUAUAUGACUCGAAAACAGCAGGGGAGGCGAGCAGCAACGCAAACGUGAGGCUGCCGCCCUUCCGUGCCCAACACCUGAAGCGAAUGGCCCAGGCCUUCAUCAAGGCCCGUGACCAGGGGGGCGAUGACAUCGAUCAGCAGGAGGAGCUCCGCGACGGCGACAUCAUCAUGGUGCUGGACGGCGGAAGGCAUGGAAACGAUGGCUCCAUCCAGGGCAGCUUCACAAAGAUCUCCGGGGAGUCGAUCACCAAGGAGCACAAGGUCCUGGUGGGGGGAGCGGUGGAGGCAACUGCUGCCCAAGCUACGAAGCCAAGCUUCCCCGACGACUCAGAGCCAGUCUUCUGGCAUUAUAGCCCGCCUGUGCUGUUCAGCGAACUUUUGCACAACUUUCGCCCCAUGGUGGUGGUGCGCGGCAACGAGACGGAUCACUGCAUGGCCAUGGAGUGCAUCAAGGCCAAGAUUCCGCUGGUGUCAAUCUGCUUGAGCGAAACCCACAAGGAGGCCCUCACUGCUCAGGUGAAACGACGCUUGUGGAAGGCCAUGCAGACGGAGAGCGUCCCGGAAGUCUACGCCAAGAAGCGAGCCAAGAAGGCAGAAGAGGGCGAGGACGACAAGGAGGCCAAGACUGAGGAGACGGGCGGCGAGCCAGAGCCCAAGAAGCCGAAGAAAGGUGGCCGACCGACUUCGUCGGCCAACGCCAGCGCCGCUGAGACUGCUCGCCAGGCCACACGACGGGAUGACAGCCAUGACGCCAACGAGACGAUGAGGAAGGCGCUGCAGGAAACAGCUAAGAUCAGCCUGCCGCCGGUGAGGGUCCCGCACACUUUGUGCUUCUGCAGCGACAACGACAGCGCGGUGCGGUACGACGUCAGCUGGAAGGUGCUGAAUGCCAGGGUCCACGCAGGUGUUCCUCAAAACCGAGAGCGAGUUUUCGUGGUGGCGAUCAAGAGGUCCAUUCAGAAGCGGCCCAUGGUGUGGCCCCAGGAAAGACCAACGCAGCCGCUCUCGAAGUACAUUGACUUGAGCUUGCGCGGGGCCGCCUCGGAGUUGGACAAAUUGCCCCGUGGGGCCCGCAAGAACUUGGACGGAGCGCUCAAGACCAUUCGCCAGAGAGGCGGUGACCCACAGAAGGAUCUGUACGUGAUCGACUUGAGCCCCUCCCAGGGUCGUGGCCCGAGCUUCAUGAAGGAUAUUUGCCCGUGCGUGACUGCCUCGCGAGGCAAAGGCCAAGGCUUUUGGCUGAGCAGCUUGGGCAGGUGGACGAAUCGCACCGAGCUGCUGGGGUUGAUGGGCGUCAGCCGCGCUCGCCUUCCUGAGAACGUGAUCUCUGAGGCAUCUUUGGGCAAGAUUGCCGGGAACGUGGUUCCGGUGCCCCUAAUGGAGGCGCAGCGCGCGUGCUGUGGCCGGCGCGGCCGACGCGCUGCCUUGGCGCUGCUUGGCGGCAGGGGCGACAGCAACUACAACAAACAGCAGGCCGGCGAAGGACGGGACAGUGCCGUGGAAGGCACCGCCGCCUGGUCCUCCACCUGGUCCUCCACCUCGUCCUCCUGUCUGCCGCUCCUCUCGGCGGCGCUCCUCCACCUGACACUCCUGGACCUGGCGCUCCUGAACCUGGCGCUCCAGCUGCUGGACCUGCAGCGGCGAAGGCUUCGGGCUUUGUCGGCAGGCCCCGGCAAGGCGCAAAUCAAGCGCCUUGUGGAGCGGGCGUUCGCGGCACAGAUCGAGGACUUCAGGGGCAUAGUCAACGAUCUGCGGCGCGGGCAGGAUGCGCAAUCUGAAAGGCAGCUCUCGGCCUCCCUGGCGGCGCUGUGCCUGGAGAUGGCAAAGGCGGAGGUGGAUCUGCAGUGGACGCCGGCCCUGGCGGUGGAUCGUCUUCCAAGGGCGUUGGCGGCGGUGGAUCUGCGAAGGGCGACGGUGGUGGAUCAGCGGGCGGAGGUGCCAAGGCCAAGGCGGGCGGCGCGGGUGGUGGAUCUGACGGUGGCAAAGCUAGACCUCGUGGCACGGCUGGCUCUGGCGGUGGCGGCGGAGGCGGGCGGCGGUGGCAGUGAGCUGGACGCGCUGGAGAAGCGCGCGCAAAGAAAAUUUGCGGUUGCACUGCGGCUGUCUGCGGCGCUGGCUGCUUGGCUGAUGGGAAGGAGCCUGGGCCUGAUUAGCGGGGUGCUGCAGUAA